CGAAUUUGAUUCUUGGCAAGAGUCCGACCAAAAGAACUGAACGGCGGCAAAAACACGCCACUCCAAUUUCCUCUGCGGCUGCUAAAGACAAGGAUCCUUCAUUUGUCGGCGCCCUAUUUGCCUUUCCAAAUGCUUUUUCAUCUGUUCAAAGUCCACCCGCAGAUCAUGCAUUCAGUAACCUGCCUUUUGACCGUCCCUCUUACCAGAAUGGAGCUGCACGGCAUUGAAGCAAUUUGCUUGCAAUGCCCUCUUGGGUCUCUUCCCUUUUUAUCAACCAAUAGGUGGAAAGCUGAAAACCACCAAGUCCAACAAUCUCUUGUCAUUGUAAAAUCAUUCGGAUCACUGACUUACAAUAUUUAGCUUAUACCGGCACUUAAGAUGCUCUUUCGGAACUCAGAGGAUUGCUUGGAUAGUGUUUGAGAAUAUGAUUCACUGAACUUUAACAUCCUUUUCUGGGAUAGAAGGCGUAGAACAUAAGAAUAAACAAUCAAAGGGUAAUUAUUUUCUACCUGCUACAAGGGAGUGAAGAUGGAUGCAGCUCUGGCUAUGGAUGAUAUGGCAAUGAGGAACCGCAGUAGAAGGAACUCGACUUCUGUAAGUCUUAUGGAGAUGUUUGCUGCAUCAGGAAGAGAUGUAUUCCAGAGAAUUGAUGAGGAGAAUGAUAGUGAGGAAGACUUGAGGUUGGCUGCUAUUGAGAGACUUCCUACAUAUGAUCGAUUGAGGAAAGGGAUCCUGAAGCGAACCCUGGAUGAUGGAAGAGUUGUGCAUCAAGAAGUUGAUGUUCAAAAUCUUGGGAUGCAUGACAAGAAGCUACUCUUGGAACGUAUUUUGAAAGUUGUGGAAGAGGACAACGAGAGGUUCCUUCGAAGACUCAGAGAUAGGAUUGAUAGGGUAGGAAUUGAUAUUCCGAAAAUCGAAGUGCGAUAUCAGGAUCUAUCCAUUGAAGGAGAUGCAUAUGCUGGAUCUCGGGCAUUGCCUACUUUGUUUAAUGCCACCAUAAAUGUGAUAGAGAGUUUUCUACAAAAGAUAAGAGUUUUUCCAUCCAAGAAAAGAGUAAUCAAGAUACUCUACGAUGUGAAUGGAAUUAUAAAACCUUCAAGGAUGACACUACUUCUUGGGCCUCCCGGAUCUGGAAGAACAACAUUCUUGAAAGCACUAGCUGGAGCAUUGGACAAGGAUCUCAGGGUUGAGGGUAAGAUCACUUAUUGCGGUCAUGAGAUGUCAGAAAUAAUUCCUCAACGUACCUGUGCUUAUAUCAGCCAGCACGACCUCCACCAUGGAGAGAUGACAGUGAGAGAGACAUUCGACUUUGCCGUACGUGCUUUAGGUGUUGGAACUAGAUACAAACUUCUCACAGAAUUGUCCAGACGAGAAACUGAUGCGGGAAUUAAGCCUGAUCCCGAGAUAGAUGCAUUUAUGAAAGCCACUGCUAUAGCAGGCCAAGGAUCCAGUUUGGUCACAGACUACGUGCUCAAGAUACUUGGUUUGGAGUUAUGUGCUGAUAUAGUGGUGGGUAAUGAGAUGAUGAGGGGCAUAUCAGGGGGACAGAAGAAACGUGUUACCACAGGAGAAAUGCUGGUUGGUCCUGCAAAAGUUUUUUUCAUGGAUGAAAUAUCUACAGGUCUUGACAGCUCCACCACAUUCCAAAUUGUGAAAUACAUGAGGCAAAUGGUCCAUAUAAUGGAUGUGACGAUGAUAAUAUCGCUUCUUCAACCCGCACCAGAAACAUUUGAGCUUUUUGAUGACAUCAUUUUGCUUUCAGAGGGACAAAUAGUCUACCAUGGUCCACGAGAUAAUGUUAUAGACUUUUUUGAGUGUGUGGGAUUUAAAUGUCCAGAAAGGAAAGGAGUUGCUGACUUUCUACAAGAAGUAACAUCUCUCAAGGACCAAGAACAGUAUUGGUUUAGAAAAAAUGAACCUUAUCAAUAUAUUUCAGUCACUGAAUUUGCAGACCUAUUUAGAAACUUUCAUGUUGGGCACAAACUAUAUGAUGAGCUCUCAGUUCCUUAUGACAAGAGUAGAACCCAUCCUGCAGCACUAGAAACUAAGAAUUAUGGUAUUUCCAAUAUGGAACUCUUCAAGGCAUGCUUAUCUAGGGAAUGGCUGCUGAUGAAACGCAACUCUCUCCUGUACAUAUUCAAGACAUUCCAGAUUACUAUAAUGUCAAUAAUUGCUUUUACAGUGUUCUUUAGGAGCAAGAUGAAAUCUGGGACGGUUGGAAAUGGAGGAAAGUUUUAUGGAGCUCUGUUUUUUAGUCUCCUCAACGUGAUGUUUAAUGGUACAGCAGAGCUUGCACUGACCAUGUUCAGGCUUCCUGUUUUCUUCAAACAGAGGGAUUCUUUAUUUUUCCCUGCUUGGGCUUUUGCACUCCCAAUUUGGCUAAUGAGAAUGCCCCUCUCAUUUAUGGAAUCAUUCAUAUGGGUUAUUCUUACUUACUACACCAUUGGCUUUGCUCCUGCUGCUAGUAGGGUAUUUCGCCAAUUCCUGGCCUUCUUCUCCUUACAUCAGAUGGCUUUGUCCCUUUUCCGUCUUAUGGUGGCACUUGGAAGAAUAGAAGUGGUAGCAACCACUUUGGUUACUUUCACUUUGCUGGUAGUAUUUGUGCUUGGUGGUUUCAUUGUUGCUAAAGAUGACCUGGAACCAUGGAUGAAGUGGGGAUAUUACAUGUCUCCUAUGUCUUAUGGCCAGAACGCGAUAGCUAUCAAUGAAUUUCUUGAUAAAAGAUGGAGCUCUCCCAUUAACGAUUCAAGGUUCCGUGAGCAUACGGUAGGCAAGCUGCUUCUUAAGUCAAGGGGAAUGUAUGUAGAUGACUACAUGUAUUGGAUAUGCAUCAUCGCCCUCUUAGGCUUCUCAGUUCUCUUCAAUGUUUGCUUUGUCAUUGCACUAACAUACUUAAACCCUAUUCGAGGCUCCAAAUCUAUUAUUUUGGAUGAGGAAGACAAUAAUAUUAAGACGAAAGGCCAAUCAAACCCCUUUGGUGAAGCAGCAGCAUACCAGGCUUCAGCAUCUACACCUCCAACCUCUGAAGUAAGGCAUUCUGAACAAAGCUCUAGCGUGGAACAAAAUGCAGUGAAGAUGAAGGGGAUGGUGCUUCCUUUCCAACCGCUGUCUCUUGCAUUCAACCAUAUCAAUUACUAUGUUGAUAUGCCAGCUGAAAUGCAAAAACAAGGAAUCCAAGAGAGACGACUCCAAUUGUUGAGAGAUGUUAGUGGAUCUUUCAGGCCAGGAGUUCUAACAGCAUUGGUUGGUGUGAGUGGAGCUGGGAAGACUACUUUGAUGGAUGUCUUAGCAGGAAGAAAAACAGGUGGAUAUAUCGAGGGAUACAUCAGCAUUUCUGGUUUCCCCAAGAAUCAAUCAACUUUUGCUCGAAUAAGCGGUUAUUGUGAACAGAAUGAUAUCCAUUCUCCACAUGUUACCGUAUAUGAAUCUCUUAUAUAUUCUUCCUGGUUGCGUCUUUCUCCAGAUGUGAAUAAGCAAAAAAGAAAGAUGUUCAUUGAGGAAGUGAUAGAGCUGGUUGAGUUGAACCCCUUGAUUAAUUCUCUAGUUGGACUCCCUGGUGUGGAUGGUCUCUCAACAGAGCAGAGGAAAAGGUUGACAAUAGCCGUGGAACUUGUUGCUAACCCAUCCAUCAUCUUCAUGGAUGAACCCACAUCAGGUCUGGAUGCUAGAGCUGCUGCCAUUGUAAUGCGGACCGUGCGAAACACUGUGGAUACGGGACGGACCGUUGUGUGUACUAUUCACCAACCCAGCAUAGAUAUCUUUGAAGCAUUUGAUGAGGUAGUCGAUUG